UGGCGUGUGUUGUGUUGUGUUGUGUUAUGCUAGCGCGUGCAAUCAAUAGAGAGGUAAAAGGUGGCAUACGUAAAUAUAUUUUUCAAUAUAAAACAGGCUAGCGAGAAAAAAUGUACACAGCAAAGCUAGCGACACAAAAUGUGCGCGAAUACAUUUUCCUACUAUUUAUCUCAGAUAAUAAAAUUCGAAAUGGAAACUGUUAAUGAAAAGGCAACAAUACAAUACCUGCAACCCUUUUAACCAUUUCACUGUGUUUCUGCACUUUAUUUUGGUUAAAUAAAAUAAAUGUUGCCUUAAGGUUUCUCGGCGUACUUGAAUGUUAAUUGCGGACGGAUUACUAAGCAGUUUUUCAUUUUCCAACCCUACAUUUUUGCGCUUUUUGCCUUAGACAAGCGCUAUUGAGUUUGUAGUUGAUUUAUAUUUUCCCGUCGAUUUUAUAAAAAUGUAAAAAGCAAAAAAUGGGAUGGCCCGUUGAAUUUGAGUCGGCGGAUUUUCCCGCUGAGCUUGUUGAAUAUUUGAUGAUGUCCAAAAUUAUCCCGCAUCAGCUUAUCUGUACAGACUUCGAUGAAAACAAUCAGAGAGAUGAUAAACAUUUUUGCUUUGUUUCAUUCUGCUGCAAAUGAAAAAGGGGAUUAGUCUUUUGAUACUUUUUGAUUUAUUGGCGGUCAAACUAUGUCACAAUCCGCAACUUACCUGCUGUUAUGGUAAUUUUUGAACCACCGUUUAAAUUUAUUGCACUGAUUUUGAGCUCUACGGAGAUAUAUUAUCUUGUUUUUCUAAACUCCGCACACGUCACCCAUGUUUGAACUAUUUAAUUUAAUCAAAAUUUACUAAUUAAUGUUACCAUGCUCUUUCAAUUUUUAUUACCUGGCCUAUUUGUCUCGCAGACAGAAGUUAAUCACCAUCACUACUUUGAUAGCUAUUUCCUUUAGAAAAAAAACUUUGGAGCGAUUUAACGGUUUUCAAAACAUUUGGUAUAAACUCUGCCUCGAAUUAGGAAUUUAAUUAAUUUUCCCUCCCAGGAAAACAUUAUGUUAUUUUUCCACAAUUUUGUUUACGAACCGAGACUUCAACAGGAAACCAAUUGGCAUUUUACUUCCGGGAAAAGGAUGACGUUGUGAACCUUUUAUUCUCUUCUUUUAUUCUGCAGGCAACAGUUGGUAUCUUUGUCGGUCAAAGAUAAAACAUAACACGUGUGCUUCUUUUUCUUUUACCAGACUGAUAUCUUAUUACACUCCUAGGUCAAAUAAACGUUUACAGGGAACAGAAUUGAGAGCAACAAAAAACAAGAAGAUAAAUAAACGUCGCUUAAACCUUUUUUAAACUAGAAAUGUCACUCAUCGAAACUCUCAGAGGACAAAAUUACUUUGCCAUGACAAUUUGACAAACAGUUUGAUUUACUAAAGCGUUAUCCCCCGAGAGGCCGAAAGAACUGCAAUUAAAAAGUCAAUACUUUCCCAAAAGAAAAUGAGCAGCAUGGCAAAUAAUUCUGAGAACUCGUCACUCGUCGGCCGAGAAGGAUCAUCGUCUGGUUAUUAUUUCCAUUUCUCGGAAUCGCCUUGGUUUCAGUUCGUCUGCGCAGUAUUACUCACUUCGGCAUUCGUCCCGCAGAGCAGAAGACUGAACCGCGGACUAUGUUACGGGUUGCAGGUGCUGGCAUAUCUCGUGGCUGCAGUGUGGGUUUACAUGACUCAUUUCGGCCUCCAUGUUUUCUUCGUCUUCUUUGUUAUGACGUCACUGUCUUUCGUGCAGACGCUUUACGUACUGUAUCAUCACAUGCAGACCAAUUUGUCGCCUUCGUUUGACAAGCUGUACAUGGAGCUGUUCCGUCCCCUGCGGAUGCCCCUGAAAGAGUACAAGAAACUGGUGCAGGAUCCAGACGUUAGACUGCGCACCAUGGCCCCCGGGGAGACAUAUGCGAUAGAGGGAGUGAGUGUGCCGGAUCAACUGUCUCUUCUAGUCAGUGGAUGUGUUCACGUGUCGGUGGAAGGCAAGUUCAUCCACAAGAUAGACGAGUUCUCCUUCCUCGACUCGCCCGAGUGGGAGUCCUACUCGGAAGAAUUCCCCGAGCACUUCCAGGUGACCUUAACUGCCAUCAGACACAGUACAUACAUUAGCUGGCCUCGAAAAGUACUGGAGGCAAUUCUAUGCGACAAUCCUUAUCUGAACUCGACAAUGACAAACCUAAUAGGAAGAGACAUCACAAACAAACUCUACCUUCUGAACCAGCAGGCCACCCGAUCAUCGUCAGUACAGAGCCAAAAACACUCGGCGAAAGAAUUACGAACUAUUUGGAGUGACGAGUCCAAGAGGAAUUACUCGGGGAGCGUGGGCGGGCUGAAAAAACCCGAGACUGGUAGUUUGACUGCAUUGCGUGAAAUGCGAAGUACAGAACGUCAAAAUACAUUCGGAGAUUCAAUCUAUGGCAGCAUGGGUGAUUCAUUUGAUGAGAUCAAGCGGAACAACAGCAGUGCUAUGGGUCAGCAGAACCCCACCCUUUCACCUUAUCCCUCGGGUGGGGGUGGGGGCGGGUGCUACAUUUCUUCACCCUCCUCUAGUGCGGUCCCAAUCGCAGCCCCGUCCGCACAAUACUUUACGCAACAUAGCACCCCCUUUUUCUCUUCUUCGUCCCCCUACAGCACUGCUGUUCUGUCACGUGGCACCCCCACCCAUUUCUCAAACACUGACUCAUACACUCUCUCAAGCUCGAACCUGACAUACCCCCCUAAUCACUACCCACAAAGUCCUUUCAGUCCCCCACCCGGAAUAGCCAACCGGUCAGGACUCGGCAGGUCCCCCCACGCCGUCAGUAGUUACCACAGCGGAAUUGGGACAGGAGGGACUUUAAGUGGUAUGGAGCUGAAGGACGUUUUGAACUCCACCACUUGCAUGUUGCAGACUGCGCUUUCGAACCUGAACGAAGCCAUUGGCCACGAGCACUCCACCGCUUCUCUGCCUAGAAAGGUUGCAUCUAUAGAUGGAACAAUGACGGGCCGUGAUUUAUUCCGAUCUCGUACUGUGACCCCACAAACCCACAGCACUGAGUCAGAUCCGACCAACCCGAGCAGUCAAAGCCAGAACUCCCUUCCGGUGAUCCGGAUGCACACGGGUGAAGAGGACGGCGGAAUCUUAUCAAUCCGAGUUCCCCUCACGGACAAAACAGUCGGAAGUUACGACUCACCUGCCACCGGAUCCAGUCGGAGGGUUCGUGUAACUGGGUCGCAUCCGGAUAUCAUCGGGAGGAUUCCGAGGUACGGUGACAUGGAUCAGUCAACAUCGUCGUCAACGGAACCCUCUCUGUCGUUAGAAGACGACUCCGUAAUCCACAGUGUGGCGCGGCGCAAAGUGCGACCACUUAUCAGAAGUAAACAAAUCAUCACAGAAGAGGAGCACCAAACUUCUUGUCCCAUAUCGAGCAGCUUUGUUGUACCCAUUGUGGGUAUGCCACCAUCCCCAUUGGUCAACACAGCGGUUGCUCUUAACCAAUCAGGAAAGACAACUACCGAAUGUGCAAGCCAACCAAGCCCCGCCAAUUCCGCACUCCCCAAUCAAUACUCAAAAUCACCACCUUUGCCUACAAAAACAACAGAGAGCACAAUCAAUGGCUUAUAUUCACAGCCGUGCGAAACUAGUGCACUCAUCGUGCAAUCUGAGUGCACGGAAAUUGCUGUGCAAGUACACGAUGAGCCUGCUCGCGGGCCGAGAUUGAGACCAAUCACACUCCCGGCGGUCAUUGUGGAGCCGGAGAUUGUGAUUAAUCCAGGCACCCCGACGCCUGAUGACCAGGACAGCGACUUGGAAUAUAAGUGGUGGAGUUCCUUGCAACAGGAUUCAAUAGAUGAUCCUCAUUACUUUGUCAGCCUUGCGGAUAUGACCGGUGCUCCACAUUCUAAUCACACUACGAUAGAAGAAGAAGAAAGUGCCAGCCACGAUAUCUUGUCUUCUAGAAGAGGAAGUAACAAUUUAACCGAAGGCAUCGAUCUUGAAUCCAUGGAAUCGGACAUGUUGGAUCCCGCUACAGACAUCGACGAGAUCCUUAAGAAAGCAGCCUCGUCUUUGACAUCCUCCCGCAACAGUCAGACUUCAGAAGAGUCGCCUAGGAGGUGCAGCGAGGAGGAGACAAGUCUAGGAGGAGUGGGAGGAGUGAAGAGUCGUCAUCAAUCGAUAAGCUCGGGGCCGUCUGGAGUUCAGAGAAAAAACAGCAUCGGAAUACAGGUUCCCCACAGGCGUUCUCAUCGGGGAAGCGGGAUCCCCCCUCAACUGAGCGUAGACAGUGGCGGCAGUAGUGUAUGUGUGAGCGAAGAAGGCCCCCGGCGUUUGGGGAGAAGAAGGGGGGACUAUUGGAAGUGGGAGUGGGAGUGGGAGUGGGAGUGGCAAUGGGGCGGGGGGUUGCAAAAUGGGCAGAAUGUUGAAUCAGUUCAACUUGGGGCAGACACUAGACUCUUCUCUCUCGGAUUCGAUUGCGACUUCAAUGGAGUCGGACUUGAACAGUGGCCAAGGUUCUAACAAACGUAACUCUCUGUCGGCAUUCAGUAGACAGAACACAGUCAAUUCGGACGUUGACCUCGUCAUGUUCUCGUCUCGGCUCUCAAGGCAGAAUUCAGAGAA